AUGGCGGAUGCAUUAGAUACAAAACUUAUAUACAAACGAGGGACUUGCUUUAGUUGUCGAAAGUGUUUAUAUUGUGGAGUUGAUUUGCAAACACAAAAAUGCAAAUGUGAUAUUACAAAACUACCUCAUAGAGUCAAUCGAACUGAAGCUGUUAAAUAUGUAUAUACACGAAUUUUUACACCAAAUUGGACAGCUGAUCAACCGGAUUUAUAUGAUCUUACUUUGGAUGAUGAAAGUUUUCAAAAUCUAUUAAAUUUUUUUGAAUCUAAAGAUGAUAGCGAAGAGGAUAUACAUGAUACAAAAGAA